AUGAGCGGCGGCACGAGAGACUCCCCUAUUUGGAACUUUCGCUCUGCGGGAGAGAAACUCGUCGCCUCCUGCAACAUCUGCCAGGAUGGAAUCGACCGCAACGGUAUCAACAGUGAACUCUCGCGCCACGAGAAAACCCAGACCCACCAACAAGCGCUCCAGCGGCAGCAGGCUCGUGCACAGCGGGAAACAGACUUUCUGGCACGAGCAACGAGCCGGGAUCCCAGAGUCAAUCGACCUAUCACCGAUCGCGACAUUAUCGACAGUGGCCUUCAGAAUCUACUGGUGUCCUUGGCCACUAGAGGCGGCAGUGUGCCUCCCGACCCCAUCUCAGAACCCGAUGGGAACGACUCUCUGCCAGGACCCGCGUGGAACGCGGAGUCUACUCGCUCAACGACACCGAGCAUUGGUAUCAAUUGGCACCUCAUGGAGGCCAACGGGGAUACAGAGUUCGUCCCAUCUGCUGAUGAAAGAGCUGUCGCGUCAAUCGCGAAUGCGAUCCUGCAACGCUUGGAAUUGGAUGUUAACACACUCUCUGACGACGACGAGAAUGAGCGGUCAGAUGUUGAGUCUAACUCUCCGGUGGCCGAUGAAGACACCCCACCCAGUUCAGGAUGUCGAGAUGCUCGCAUUCCCACACCCAAACAAUCUUGCGGGGAUCUCGAACCCGGCUCUGAGGCUGAGAGGUUGCAUUGGUAUCCGUGGGACAACCAAAUUAUGUGUACACUUGAUGUUCUCAUGCAUCUUCCACGUUCGGUAUUCUCGCAGAGACAACUUGAUUUAUUUCUCUGGCUUCUUAGAGUCAACAAUGUCCCCGAUGUUCCAUCAAUCAAGCAGAUGCAGCGCCUUGAUCUCGCUCUCCAGAAACUCUGUGGGAUCGAGACCAUUGCUUACAACGGUGCUCUUGGACACAAGUAUUUCGUAAACAAUCUCGCACAAAUUAUUGCUCAGGAAAUGGCGAAUCCCAAGGUCCGCUCUCACCUGUCCUUCUAUCCAGAGGACGCUGGGCAAAGACUGUCGGAGGCACGGCAGGGAGACCGGUGGCUGCACGAGCUUCCAGAUGACCAGACGACACCUAUGAUUCGACAGCAGGAUCAUGAUUACUACAUCUACGAGCCGUGCAUGGCAUCAUCUGCUAUAGACGGGCUCCAGCAGUACAUCAUCCCUGUCCGGUUCUUCACUCGCAAUGGAUGUAUGUUUGCGAAAUGCUGGAAAAUGCACCCGGUGGUCACUGAUCAGAUCUCCGGCUGGAGAGUCGAUAAGACAACCCCAAUCGAGGUCAAUACGAACUCAUUCUUCAAGACAUUCGUGCAAUUCCAAACGGAUGCACAACGCUAUCACGUCCCACAUCCCUCUCGCAUCAUUGAUGUUAUUGAUUUGAACGCUGCUGAUAAAAGUGUUCCCUGGACAUUCACGAAUUCCGUUCUGGGAAAUCCAUGGCGCGCUAAAGCUGAUGGAUGCCGUGUUGUAUCUUUCCCGAUGUGGCUCUAUUGUGACGACACAUCCGGAAACGUAUCCAAGAAAUGGAAUAAGCACAACAGCUUUCUGAUGACUCCGGCUGGGCUGAAUCGUCACAACAGCCAAAAGGAAUAUAAUAUUCACUUUCUGUGUACAUCCAACAUUGCACCGCCUCUCGAGAUGAUGGAUGGCGUUGUCGAACAGCUCAAAAAUGCACAAGAACAUGGUGUAUGGGCAUGGGACAUCGAGCUUGAGGAAGCAGUGCUCGUCAUUCCAGAAGUCUUAGCUCUGCUCGGAGAUAAUCCAAUGCAGAGUGAGUUUGCGUGUCACAUAGGCUUGCGAGGCAAGUUCUUCUGCCGAGCCUGUUGGGCUCGAGGACAUACAUCUGAGCCUGCCGAGCCCAAUCUUGCCAAAGCGGCUGAUGCCGUGAACGCCAGCCAUGGGACUGACGAUGAUGCCAGAAGUGUUGGGGGCCAGAGCGAUGACAGUGCCACAAGCAACGCAAGUAAUGUUAGUCAAAAGAAGGGAAAACAGGGGAAAAGAGCUCUGGAAACGAUGGGCCAGAUGGUCAAUCACAUCCAGGAAUUCAUGACGCUUGGACGUCUGCGCAAUAAAAGCGAAACCGUCAAACAUCUCAAUUCAGAAUUUCUUGCGGCCUCUACCACCGUCGACAAGAAGACUCGUAUCAAGGAGCAGCGUACUGAGACAGGGAUCAAGGACACAUUCCAACAGUUCUUUGUUGAGAAACUCUUUGACUCCUACAAGAAUGUACGAGGAUAUGAGGCACGGCAAGCCGCCUUACAGGCCGAAGCCCGUAACAUGCCCUCGGGGAUCAAUGCGAUGAGCCCUGUAUGGAGGAUCAGGGGCUUGGAUCCGCAUCAAGACACACCUGUGGAGAUUCUUCAUGUUGUUCUGCUGGGCUUCGUGAAAUAUCUCUGGCGCGAUCUCAUCCAAAAUCAACUCAAGAAUAAGGACGAUAAGAAGAACUUGUUGAUCACACGCUUGAAUUCCGUGGAUAUCAGCGGUCUCGGCAUCUCCCCGCUUGCUGGACAAACUCUUGUCCAGUAUGCAGGCUCCUUGACUGGUCGAGACUUCCGUGUGAUAGCCCAGGUCUCCCCCUUUGUCAUAUUUGACCUGGUAGAUCCCGAGUGCUUUGAGACAUGGAAGGCAAUGUCCAAGCUCGUACCUCUCAUCUGGCAGCCAGAAAUUUUGGAUAUCGAUGUAUACACGACACUACUUACAUGUGAAAUCGACCAUUUCCUGACCUGUGCUGCUCGAUGGACAAACCGUUGGUUCAACAAGCCCAAGUUUCACAUUCUCUUACAUCUGCCCGUGCACAUCCGCCGCUUUGGACCCGCCAUACUCUUUGCGACAGAGGCUUUUGAAUCUUUCAAUGCAAUCAUCCGGGCCAAAAGUGUUCACUCAAAUCGACACGCACCGUCGCGUGAUAUUGCAGCCGCGUUUGGUCAGGGAAACCGUAUUCGGCAUCUUCUCAGUGGGGCUUGCAUCCGAUCGGACUUCGAACCGGAGCUGUCAAGGCCGCAAUCUUGGCGAAAAGCCCACUGGACACGAGCAGGAGACGGAGUACUUGGAGUUGUCAAUGGCGGCACAGUGGCAUCAUAUCUUGGAUUGCAGAAACCAAAGCUUGGGAGAGGUAUCGGAGCGGUCAGUGGCCAAGUCGGGAACGGAAAAUUGAAAGAUACACUAACCAGAAGACACAUUCCAUCAUGGUCUGGACAACCGAGCCAUUAGGGGAAGUCAAAGCUCUUUACGCGGAAGUGAUUCGAACGGUGAUUCAGAAUCACUGCAGAAUCACCUUCGAAUUGACCACCCCACUUUUUGCGCAUAUAUACUUCCUGUCUUUAUCUACUAGAUCGUUGUCUCCG